CUUCCUCGACGUGAAGGUACCUUUCUGGGUUGGCUUGGGUCGGAAGUCCUAAGAUGGGGGCCGCCCUUCCCCGGGGGCAGGGUCGCACGGAACCAGGCGGUGGGGAGGGAAGAGGAAGCGCCGAGGUCAGAGGAAACCCAAGGCUCCUGGGGCACCAAAGGGCUGCCCGCAGUCGGGAUGAGCCCUGGGGAGGAGCCUUUUGCGAGAAUGCGAGCGCGCCCCAACACGCCUCAGACCUCAUAAACCCAGUUGGCAAGGACCCGGGAAGCGGCGGGCCGACCGACUGCGGUGAACUCGAGAAAUUAACCUGCGCUACAAUUAAACGGGCUGCCGCCCUUUCAGACUCACCUCCAGCGACCGAACAGAGAGCUCCCGAACCGGCCGCGGGGGGACCUGGCUCCUCCCUCCCGUCCCAGGAGAAGAGGACAAAAAGGGGAGAUGGACUUGGAGAUGGCCCCGCCCUUCAAACGCUCCAAUCCUUGGAAACUAAACCUCCUCUCCAAGCCUCCACGUCUAGAAGGGACAAAGGCAGCGAGGAGCUCCAGAGACCGAUGGGUGGCUUUCGGGCUUCUCAUGUGGGUGCACUGGGGGAAAGGUACAAUGGCUAA